GAGGGAGGGGAGACGAGAGAGGUGCGCGCACAGUGAGGGAGAGAGAGGGGGAGGAAGGGAGGAGACCAUUGCAUCAUCACCAUCAUCAUCAUCAGUGAACGUGCAAAACGACAGGCUGAGAAUUCAAAAAACCGUCCUGCUGAGCUGAGACUGAUCGGAGCAGGCUAAUUCCUGAGCACUCACUGCCUGCGCAGGAGGAAGGAAUCAGGAGAACAUCAUCUACGGCAGCCGGAUUUCACUGAAACACCUGGACUGCACCGCUGAGAGAGGGAAGGAUUCAUAUUUAACCUCCUUGCAUCUGGCUGACCCACAGGGAUGAGGCAAAUUGGUGGAUUAAACGCUGAGUGAGUCAUCCUUUCGUUUGGAGGACAUGAUCAUACACCAAGAAGCAACCAGCACAUCGUCCUGCCCCCUCAACAUGUAACCAUCCAGGGACAGAGAGUGGGCUAAUAUCUGGAUCCAUCUCAGUGACGGGACUCACUGCUGUCCGUGUUGGACACACUCCUCUUAGGACCUGGUUUAUCAGUGUGUCGGCAUGUUUUGCUUCUGCCUGCAGAGUUCCCUGCUUAAGCUCCAGGCUCUGGAUGUGGAGGGAGGGUCCUCGCAGGGGACGUCCCCAGAGGAGAGCCCCCCUGCCCUGGGCAGCAAGGAGGGGAAGAGCCCCUGUGUCCCCGUCGAGUUGGGGGGGAAGGACGGGAGGACGACAGCUCUCUGCCACAGAGCCCCAACAGAUGAGAACCACCCUCCAGAGCUCCUGACUGUCCUGACCAGACCUUCACAGCCCCCAAGACACCAGCCGUUAGCUUCCAUCCACCUCAGCCAGCAGCCCCUGGUGUCCGAUGGGACAUUGUCCCCCAGUCCUCAUCACUCCCCACAGAGGAGCAGCCCUGGGGGUGAGAUUGGAGGAGGAGGAGACGGAUCGGAGGGGGGAGGAGGAGGAGGAGGAGCUCUCCUCCAGCUGUUGGCAGGCCUCCCCAGUCCCCUCCCCUCCCCACGCUGCUGCAGCCCCAGCCUGAGGUUCAACUCCGACCCAGAUACGGCUCCAUCGCCACCCUGCAGCCAGCAGUACAUGCUGUGCAGGAGUCUCGGGGACAGGACUGAGGUUUCAGAGGACGAGUGUCCAGCGUCCAUCCCUUUCCUCACCCGACACAUUCAGAGCCUGAAGAAGAGGGUUCGCAGGUUUGAGGAUCAGUUUGAGCAGGAAAUGAACUACAAGCCGUCCCACAACGAUAAAUACUCAAACCCGGAGAUGAUCAGAGUGAUGAGUGAGCUGGCAAAAGCUCGCAAACAACUUAAAGAGUUGAGGCUUCGACAGUCGGUGUUUGAGUCAAAGGAGCAGGAAUCCAGCGAAACAUGCAGAUCGGGUUCCGGCCAGCAGGGGGCGUCGGACCACAAACCAUCUCUAGAGGAAACUGUGGAGUCUCUGUUCAGGCGGCUGAGAGAAAAGAGACAGUCUCUGGGUCUCCCUGACAACAUGAAGGAAAUGACGCAGGCACAGAUGGUCCUGGAGAAGAUCACACUGCAGAAAUGUUUGCUGUACUUUGAGAGUGUUCACGGCCAACCAGGAACGAAGCAGGAGAAGAACCUGGUGAAGCCUCUUUAUGACCGCUACCAGAUGAUCAAACGGUUACUGUGUGCCAGUCCCACCAUCACCACCAUAGAGGAAGAGGAGGGCUCAGAUGAAGAGUCUCUGACCUCCUCGGUGGUUAGUGACAUUCUAGUGCCGCCUUCUUGCAGAGCGACGUGGCCAGCCGCCAACGAGGAGGACAGCGACCGGGACAGCGACCCGGCCUUCGUGUCCCCAAUAGACGAGGUGAAAGCCGUCCGUCAGCAGGGCGCUCUCACCACGGCCAACCUGCAUGAAGCGUCCAGGUGUGCCUUUAACAACAGCGUCUGCGUUCUUCAUGUUUUACGCUACAACAGAGCCGAAUGCCUUUUAACCCUUCUGUCCUCCCGCUGGUUAAGGUCUCAGCUGUUGGAGUGUUUGCGGCAAACCAGAGCUGAGAAGAAGAUCAGGAGGAAAGUUCUGAGGGAGUUCGAGGACGAGUUUUACCGCCAGACCGGACGGGUCUGCCAGAAGGAGGACCGCACUCCGAUAAAGGAGGAAUACCAGGAAUACAAACAGCUCAAAGCCAAACUGCGGCUGCUGGAGGUUCUGCUCAGCAAACAGGAUGUCACCCAAACCCCCUGAAGGCAAACAACAGAUGUAAACUAUGAAAAAAAAAAACUGAAUCAGAUGUUGAAAAUUAGUGCCAUACGUCAGACAGGACCGUAACAAUACAUCUUCAAGAUAGCAGUGUUUCGACACAUCGUCUGAAAUGAUUCUGACCCGUUUUCCACAUGUUUCUCACACAUUUCUGACGUGUUUCAAACAUGUUUUCAGGUAUUCACUUUAAUUUGUCUUCAGUAUCAGUUCAACAUAUCGCACAAGUGCAAAAUCCAUUUACGGCGUCAUUUAUCCCACAGCGUCUUAACAGAACUUCCAUGCGUCAGAGACUCGCAGAGUUUAUGCGGUUUGUCGUUUGAUCGACGGAAAACGUGUUCAUAGUAUGUUUAAAAGGUUGUCCUCUUGUGUGUUUGAAGUGUCGCCUGUGUGUGUCCGUAUGUCUGAAACUGUGUGACUUUGUGUUUGACGUUUCCGGCGUGAGCCACUCCCCCCCUCUUCCCUCUUAAACUGCCGUUAAGCUGAUCAGUCAAAACGUCCGGACUUUGGCCGCACACCGAAACUUCACUCUGAGUGACUUCUGCUCCGGUCUAGGCCCAGUUUAAUACGAACAAACAUUCCUUCAGUCUCAGACGUUCAUUUUUUUUAAAUAAAUGGGUCUGAGCACGUUUUCAUUUGUGAGGAAAGUUGCACAGAUGGCUGAGAUGCUUUCAUUUUACCACAUGAAGACGACCAACCUUUAAAAAAAUAGAUCAUCAGGUCCACUUUAUUCCUGGCUGUAGGAUUAACUACAUUAGUUACUUCUGGCACAAUAAUGGCAGCUGCUUCAAAAUGCUUCAUUUUUGUACAUUUUAACAAAAAUCACACACCAACGAGCGCGUCUCAACUGAAUCUCAGACAUGUCUGAACAUGCCUACUUUUGGCAAUAGUUACAAAUUUAAUCUGACAAAGCUUGACCAUAUAUUGCUUAUUUUAGAAAUGAUCGCUAAAAACAGUCUAAUGCACAACUUGAUGUCUUAAGUCACUUAAAAACAUUGAAAUAACCAAAUGAAUUCUAUAUUAAGUAAUUUUUUUUCCCCCUUCACUGCGAUCGUCAGUAGCAGAGAAUCUGAAGAGACGGACAAAUGUUUAAUUUUAUUUUACAUUCGAGUUCAUCCCCAGUCCUGAAGGUACUGGCACGAUAAUGUUAUUCAAAUUCAAAAAUCACGUUUAACGUAUAAAAGCCUGAUGUUCCCACAUGUUUUUAAUCACUAUUUGCUCUGACAGAGACGCCUUGUUUACAUGCUAAAAUGUUACUGAGUGAAGUUUUCAACAAUCUAUCACAGCAUCCAGGAAUAAAGUGGAUCGGUAAAGCAACUUUCUCAAAGCAGAUAAACAAAGAUUAAUAAUGAAAAGAAAGACAUAUAUAAAAAAAGUGUUAACUUAAAUAUACAUAUAUAUAUUUUUAAUAGCUUUGCUUCAAAAUUAAAAACAGUAAAUAACAUAUAAGGUUAUUUUCGGUUAUUUACCGUUUAUAGUCAAAAUUCAGUUUGCGUUCCAACAGACUGGAGAAAUAGCUUGACUGUGAAGCCACAAUAGUUUUUACAUUUAUAUUUUUUGAAAUCUAGUUUUAACAUUUGUGCCUUUAAUAAUCACGGUGGUAUUAACGACGUUGACAUGAAGCUGUGACUCAAAACACGAGAACAAUCCGUUCCGCUUUUUAGCUCCGGUUUAGGGAAGGAAAUAUGAUUUGUUUUUAAUCCGAACGAGCUGCUUCCUAUUAUAAAGUAGAACCAAAAUAUUAGAAUUAUUUUUAGCCAUUCGGUUAUAUGUAAAUAUAAUGUUUGUCGCUGUUGGGUCAGAAUGGUUUUGAGAGGAAAACAUCGGAGGGAUCCUCCGCCCCAGCAUCAUCGAUGUACCUGUGACGUCACUUUAAUCGCAGAAGGACGUCCAUCGCUCAGUGUUUAAUCCGACUGCUGAAUGAACAGAGAUUCAUGUUUUAAUACAUCCAAGCACUUUAAAUAAAAAAAUAUAAAAAAAAGGGAAAAAUCAUUUUCACCCCAAAAACUCAAUAUGCAAACGGGUUUAGUUGCUCCGGUGACAUUUAGUUUUCCACAUCUUGAACGGAUUGGAGUUUCAGUUGUUCGGGAUAAGAGUGCCGACGGAUAAUCUGUAAAUAAUCUGUGACUGUGCGAGAUGUAAAAAAAAAAAAAAAAAAGGGCUUCCAGAGGCUGCAGGGCUCAAAUGUCAAACAUCACACGAGUAACGUCUGUGUGCCGGUAGAUCCGAACCGAACCGUGAUGCAUUUUUACAGUUACGUGCCGAGUGAAGCUGGAGAACAAAUCCGUUUUUCCCCCCAGUUUGUGACGAUGAAUCAAUCAUACGACAGCCGGCUUAACAAGAAAAAACAAAACA